CUGCUGUAAGCAUAACAAUCAUCCCUCUACCUACUCAUCCACCACCCCAAUUCCCCCCAUCCAUCCAUCGCAUCCCAACCAAACCCCACGAACCCAAUCACCCAAAAUGAAACUUCUCCCCACCCUCCUCCUCGCCCUCACCUCCCUCGCCGCCGCCGCCGAGCUCGGCAUCGAAACAACCCACAAGGUCGACUGCACGCGCAAAACCAAGAAGCACGACACCAUCCAGAUGCACUACCGCGGCACCCUGGCCGCCGACGGCUCCGAGUUCGACGCCAGCUACAAGCGCAACCAGCCCUUGCGGUUUAUUCUGGGUGCGGGACGCGUUAUUAAGGGAUGGGACCAAGGACUCCUGGACAUGUGUGUGGGCGAGAAGCGCACGUUGACGAUCCCGCCGGAGUACGGAUACGGGGACCGUGGCAUUGGGCCGAUCCCCGGGGGCUCGACGUUGAUUUUUGAGACGGAGUUGGUGAAGAAUGAGGAUGCGGAUGACGAGGAGGAGGAGGCGAAGGCGAACGUUCAGGAUGAGCUGUAGACUCCCGUCGCUUCUGUCUUCGUCGUUCUGUUGGGGUCAAGGAGGGUGUCUAGUACCACUCUAGUACUCCCGUACAGUAUAGUAUGAUGGCAUCAUAUGGAUGUAUGACAAGAUAACGAGCAUUGCAGCGAUGGGUUUUGAUCUUGUACAGCAUACCAAAGGGUAUCAAUUCCUAGUCCAAUAUAAGAGUAUCUAUCAAGUCUAAUGUACAUGUCCUUUGCAAAUCUAUAUAUGCCGGAUCAAAUGGGCAAAGCG